AUGACGCGCUCGCCUUUCAAGAUCAUCGUCGUCGGUGCGGGGCCCGCCGGACUACUACUUUCACUAUUGUUGGCUCGGCAUGGCAUCUCUGUCACUAUUCUGGAUGCAGCUAAAGAACUGGACAAUCGACCACGGGCGACCCACUACGGGACCCCGGCCGUCUAUGAGCUGCGUCGCGCAGGAGUUAUCGAUGAUGUUUUAGCCGAGGGCUUCCUUCCUGGAACGAUGUGCUGGCGCAAGCUCGACGGAACUUACUUGGCUGGAAUCGACAAUACAGUCCUCGGUGACCAUCCGGAUCGACUGGUCUGUCUGCCACUGGACCGGCUUGGAAAGAUCCUCUUGCGACACCUAGACCGCGAACGGACUGCGGAAGUCAAAUGGAACCACCGCGUCAAGGACAUAGGACAGGAUGAUGACAAGGCGUGGGUCAAAGUAACUACGCCCAACGGCGAAGUUACCAUGGAGGCUGAUUACAUCGUCGGAUGUGAUGGAGCCAGCUCCCAAAUCCGGCGAUCUUUGCAUGGUGACUUGGUAUUCCCUGGAAAUACAUGGGACGAGCAGAUUGUCGCAACCAACGUCUACUAUGACUUUCAUAAGUAUGGAUACGAGGAUGCUAAAUUCAUAAUUCAUCCGGAACACUGGCAUAUGGCUUCUCGUAUCAGCAAGGACGGCAUGUGGCGUGUCUCGUACGGGGAGAAGGGUGGCCUCACGCAUGACGAGCUUAUCGCUCGCCAGGCUAUGAAGUUCCGAGAGAUGCUCCCCGGGAAUCCAUCUCCAAAGGAAUACAAACUCACGAACAUCAGUCCGUACCGUGUGCAUCAGCGGCUAGCCCAGAGAAUGAGGGAGGGGAGGUUUCUUCUGGCUGCAGAUGCGGCCCACUUAUGCAACCCUUUCGGAGGACUCGGAUUGACUGGGGGAAUUGUUGAUGUCGGCGGGUUGAGCGACUGCUUGUUUGGUAUCUGGACAAACCAGGCAAACCCGGAUAUUUUGGACGUCUACGAUCAAGUGAGAAGACGCAAGUACAGCGACAUGGUUGACCCUAUGUCCAGCCAAAAUCUGCGACGGUUGUUUGAGAGAGAUCCUGAGACAGUUCUCGAGCCAGGUCAGGAUGAACUUAUGACACUGUUCAAGAAGGCUGAGAAUGAUGUUGAUUUUGCCAAAGAGAUGGCGUUGAGUAUUAAUGAUUUGAAGUACGACUUCACUCAGCACUAUAUGAAACCGAAGGGCAUUGUGGCAAACAUGUGA